AAAGGUAAUAAAUCUAGCAUGUCACAAGUUUAUGUCUGAAUACGUAUAAUGCACCUGCCUUUUCGGGCCUAAAAUUGUUAAAUUGCAGAUAUCAUCGCUUUUUGAUGAAUAAGCAAUUAGUAAUAUCUAUAUGAGUAUCUCUUUUUUUUCAGUCAGUUAAAUGCAGAUACCUUUGAAGGCCUGACGGAUGUCAGUUUCCUGAGUCUAGCGGACAACAACUUGGAAGAAGUUCCUUCACACCUUUGGAACAGGAUGUCCGGGGUUAAGACCAUAGAUAUGGGAAGGACGAAAAUUAAAGCGUUAUAUAACAGUAGCUUCGAAGAUUUGCCAGACUUGGAAUGCCUAGUUCUCCCCGGCAACCAAAUAUCCAAAAUGGAGGCAGGCUGCAUCCCCCAACAAAUUCAACGUCUUCACCUAGGCCGAAACAACCUGUAUACCUUGAACGGCACACUGAAGACUCUUCACAACCUAGGCUGGCUCUUCAUCAACAGCAACGAAUUGACGGACAUCAGCACAGAAUUGCCGGAACCGGCUCCUGAAUGGAGGUUGCUGCAUGCGUCGCACAACCACAUCAAGAUUCUGCCUACCCAGCUGAGAAAUUACCCGAAGUUGGAGUCGUUGUUUUUCCAGAACAAUGAAUUGAAGGUGUUGAACGGUGCGCUGUCCAAGUCGAAGAAUUUGAUUCGGGCUGUGUUGGAGCAUAAUCAGAUAGAAAUGCUGGCUGAACACGAUUUUCAAGACUGUGAAAUCCUGGAGUCGCUCCUCUUAGGCCAUAACCGGAUAAAAUCUUUGAACAACUCUAUAGUCAACUUGAAGAACCUCAAUUUCCUCAACAUCACUCACAACCUAUUGACGGAGUUCUCUUUUCAAGAUCUUGAAGGCUUAAAAGAACUGAGAAGCGUGGAUCUGUCUUAUAAUCACAUACGGACUAUUACAGGUCCUGCAGCUAAUCUGGUAGAAUGGAACAUCAAAUUAAAUGAAAUCAAGUUGGACCAUAACGAAUUGGAAACGCUGAAUGGAGCUGUGUCAGGUCUUCCAGAACUUGUGCGACUGAACUUAAGCCACAACAAACUGAAAAAGAUAUCUCCAGAUGAUUUGAUAGGUUUGGAUCAACUCAGAAUGAUCGAUCUGUCACACAAUCGUUUGACAACACUGGAAGAAACUAGUAAGACAUUCUUGCCACGGUUAUCAGAACUGAAAGCAACUCACAACUUCUUAUCCAUCUUGGAAAGAGACUUUCAUGGCCUACCAGUUCUAUGUCACGCAGAUUUGUCCAACAACCAAAUUCUAGCUUUGGGAAGAGAUUUGGUGGCCAAGACAAGAUGCAAAAUAGAACACGGUGUACACGAAGGAACUUGGGACACGCUCAAAAUUAAUUUGCAAGACAACCCCAUCCUCUGCGACGCCGCUCUCCCCGAGAUCACCUCCCUCUUGGAGAUCAACCACACCAGGAUAUACGGAGUGUCCCAUUGUCCUCCACUCAGCGAGCAGCCUACCACGUCCAAGCCUAGUCAUUUCCUGGGCUACGUCCCAGAGUCUGUGACGCAGAAAAUGCUGCUCCAGCAGAAGGUGAUCAGCGACGCCGAGGAAGCUGUGGCUGGGAAGAGUACGGAAACUCCCCCGCCAGCUGUCGCUGUCGCGCUUCAACAACCGAAUGUAGAAACCACGGCGAUGACAGAUGGUGCAAAUCAAACAAAGGUGGUGUUCGAUCCCAUCCAACAAGGGCAACAGAUAAACAAGCUGGCUUACGAGAUAGAAGAACUGCGAACUCGAAUAGACGAACUGUCAUCCCAGAACCAGUUGUUGCUGAAACAACAACUGAACAGGAGCAUGUCGCUUGACGAAUCACAGGAUAAACUUACGGAGCACAGGAAGCCGUAGAUUUGUCACUGUAAACGUUAAAUUAAGGUUUGAGAUUGAGAGUCGUCAAAGUGACAACCUGCGUUUAAAACCAUUCUGACUAUUGAUAUAACAAAAACAAUGUCUGCAGAAUAAGUUCUUGUAUUAUGAAGGUAGGCACUUGCCUAUUCUUCAGUAGUAACACCAACAUACCUAUAUAACGAUUUUAAUAUUAUAAUCAAACAGUAUUUCAAUAUUUCUGAAAAGCUACUUUCAUUUCUCGUAUAGCGGAAAUCAGUUUCGGUGCCCAUAACGUUAAGGUGGUUUUUUAUGUUGUUUUUCUGUGGCUGCUGAUUGGAUUUUUGUGACGCUUUAAUAAUGUUAUUAUUAUGCUUUGUACACUCAAAAAUUUAAACAUUUUUUGGUCCAAUUUUUCGAACCUUAUUUCCAUAGUUUCUCGAAAAAUAUCGACGCGACCGAGUUAAAAUUUCGCGUCCACAUGAAGAAGAAUAUUAAUGUCACGAGCUCAGUGUUUUUGGAAAAAAAUGUUUUUUCAGACAAUAUUAUCUGAUAACCUUUCCACCUAACUUUUUUUUGAUAGCUCAUGACAUACAAAUAAUGAUAUCCUGUCGACCUGUGAAAAAAAAUUUGAGAUUGUUCAACAAAUAAAUAUGUAAAUACGAUGAAAAAAUCUAUUCGACCACGCCCUCCACCCGCUCGACCCACUUGCCGGAGCCAAGGUGUCAAGCAUCUCUCAGUAUCUAGCCUGGUUGUAAGAUUGUUGAAAACAAGCAAAUUUCAGAAACCAUCACAUUUUUCGGAAUGUGGAUGUGUUAUAGUUACAAUGACUUGUGACACCGCGUUAGGCAAGGCGCGCACUGAGAUGGUGAGCAAGUGACGUGGUAGUGGCGCGGUGAUCAAGUGGCAGGUGGAAUCGCUAAAGCCUAUAUAAACAAAUGAAGACGCGCGUAUCAAAAUGGAGUAGCGGUGGCGUGGCAUUUUGUAGGUGGCGUGAUGUCAGUCUGGUGCCACUAAUCUCGAGCAAGUUUAAUUUUCGACUGGCAAGCGGUUGGUGACGACGACGCGACGUGGGUUUUUGUUUACUUUUUCCUGGAGUGAAUCAUGCGAGACGACCACGAAUUGAACAUUAAUUUUGUAGCCCUUGUAGAGGCAUAUCUCUGUCUGUAUGACAAUACACGGGAGGAUUAUCAUAUGAUCCAUGUGCAAGAACGGGCUUUUUUUGCCACAGCGGAUGAACCCAAUGCCGUUUUUUCUUCGUCUCCUGACUUAUAGCAUUUAGAUUAACAAGUUGCAUAAAUAAAAGGGCAUCUUCAUCUUCUGAGGACGACAUGGUAAACCGGUGACGUCAACUGACUUGUUUGCCACUUCAGUGCGCUUUAUAUCACUUUCAUACCACUUCGCCGCUAUUCCGAUCGCCACGCCAAAUUUUACCAUCCCUAUGCCUCUCACCACUCCAAUACCUCACCACUACCACACUACCUCAGUGCGCGCCUUGCCUUAUGCGGCCAUCGCUGACCAGUGUUCUGGAAAUCAGUUGGUUGGAUUUAGGAGGAGCUAUGAUGUAAUACAGGGUUUGAUAACUGAGCUGCCACCUAGCGGAUUACAAGUAUCUUUGCGUGGUGACCGGUUCCCUUAAAGCUUUAGCUUCUUUGCAAAUCUUCCGUUAUUGCUAUCGUCAGGUUUUUCGCAGUGCAAUGGUGACCUUCAUAAAGUUCUUUCAUAUAGUUAAUGAAUCUACUAAAAUCUGAUAAAAAAUUAGACCACAUAUAGGUACCACCAUUUACUUAGCGAUUAGGCAAUCUUAUGUUUACAUAGUGGUUCAGAUCACACUAAUUGUGUCUUAUGUUCUUGGUUACAAAAAUUCAAUCCAAAUAUGUUGAAACAAUGCAAAGUUAUGGCUGAAGAUGCUUGAAGUACCAACAUUCACUAAACUUAAAAAUACUAAAAUGACAAAAUUAAACUGAAUUAGAUGAACUAUUAACAAUGUUGGAGCUCCUAAAAGUACCAGAAUUUAAUUGGGCUGGCUGUAAAUGAAUGACAUUUAUGUCUUUUUCGCUGUUUUAAUAAAUGUAUAGACAAAGUUUCCUACCACAUACGGAUCUUGAUUUAAGAUGUACAAACAAAAGGUUACUUUUCAGAAAAUUCUUCAGACAACAUUUCCACGAUAUUGUCUGACACAAUAAUGUUGAAGAGAGUGACACUUCGGAUAGAAACGACGUAGAAUGUUGCAUUGUCUGCUCUCGAGAUACUUAUAUAGUAUUUUUUUAAGAAAUAAUUGUUUUAUUAACUUUAACACACCACCUACUAGUCAUUUAAAUUUUAUAUAUUUACUUCUUAGAUAUUAGGCUGCUUGAUUAAAAAAGUGACUUUUAAAAGUACAACUAGUUUGUGUAGUUUUGUAGUGGUUUAUGAUUAUUAUUUUGUGUGAUCUUAUUUUUUAAAUGUGCCAUAAAGAGAUUACAU